AUGGAAACAAUAGUAUUGAAAAAAAAAAAAUCUCCCUUCAAAUGGGACGUGAGUGCUAGUAAUUCACCUCUUAUCGAUAAACAAAAAAUAUCUAGUCCCAUACCAAAGUCAUGGAUUAUAACACCUGUAAAAUUACAAACAACUGAAACCCCUAUUAUUCAGUGUAAAAAGAAAUUGGAUUUUUAUUCAGAACCUAUAUAUCCUAAAAUUACUAAAGAUAACAAUGUUUCAACAUGCCAUACUGUUCAAUCAGGAAGUGAUAGGACAUCUUCUGGAGAUUUGAUGAACAAAUUAUAUCGCACUGUAGUUUCCUUAAAGUAUGAUGUUAAGGAAAUUCUUAUAAAAUUGGAUCGUUUGGAAAAUACAGCAACUGACAAUCAGGCACGCCUAAUUAUGACUGGAGAAAUAAGGGAUAAUGAACAAGAAAGUGCAAUUUUAUGGAAUUUUCCAAUAACCUCAUUGGACGAAAUGGCACUGUUUGAAGAAAAACUACUUGAAAGAUCUUUUCGAUUGAAAAUGAUAAAAGAUCUUAGUUUAAUGGUUCGAAAUACUGUAUCAGAGACUGUACGUCAAAUGCUUUCAAGAAUGUUCAUAAAUGAAGUUUUAUCAAAAUAUUCAUUUGUUGGACAAAAAAAAAACUAUCAUUUUCUAUUUUAAACGCAUGCACAAUUA